UUAUUAUUAUGAUGGAAGCUUAUGCUCGUACCGUUAUCAGGUGCUCAACGUCUUGCAGGCUGCAUGGCGAGCAGGGGGGUUCAGCCUCUGCUGGUGUGGUUGGUAAAAUUCCAUAGAUUGUUGGAGCUAGCAAGAGCAGCGAACGUUGAGCUGCAUGAAGAAUAUAGUAGAGUGCUUUGCAACAGUAACUAGAGACAGCACAAUCAUUCAUACUACUAUGUAGCGAGUUGCAGACCUGUAACAAACCUGCCUAUAGCAGAAGUGAGUAUUGCAAAGUUCGUCCUUGCAGCAGGCCAAUGGAGGUGUU